AUGGACCGAGCCCGAAAAGGCUUCGGCUGCAAUACCCGCACCGACCCCGAAUCCGAUUGUUAUGCCCUAUAUUUGCCGGUCUCCGCGAUCUAUUUUGGCAUCUCCCCUCGACAACUGGAUGUCGCACCGCCGAAGGCGAAGUCCAAAACGCGCGGAAAGCCCAGUCCUUCUUCUGCAGCGGAUACAGAAGUCGAAAGCCUGCAUGAACAAAACGAAUUCGACCGUCAGCCCACAUUCCCUAUGGAUACGAGUGCUCUAAAAGUAUUCCGAACCAUUUUCUUCAACCCUGCCACGACUUCUACCCCUGGCGAAGUUCCAUGGAAUGUUUUCCUCCACGCAAUGACUUUGGUCGGGUUCGCUGCCACCAAGUUGUAUGGUUCGGUUUGGCAAUUCCAACCCACUAAAUUGGAUGUUGAGAGGAGCAUUCAAUUCCACGAACCACACCCGCGAGGAAAAGUGCCUUUUACCACCGCUCGGCGAUUUGGCGGUACGAUGAACGGGGUAUAUGGUUGGUCUGGAGGAAUGUCUGUCUUGUUGAACGACAAAUAA